UUAAGUACAGUACUUCUUUCCACGUGAAUGACUGAGAGGAGAAAGCCAACAUUCGAAAACCCUAACAGCCUGGAGAAACGCCCAUCGAAGAAAUGUAAAGAUGGAGAGACGAACAGCGUUUCAAUAGAGACGAAGAAAACUCUUCAAGCAGCUACGAACCUCAACACCCAAAUCGGUGCAUUUUAAGUAAUACACAGCCCGAGCGCCCCGAGUCAACUGCCAACCUUCCAUUGGAAUCACACAGCAGCCGAAACGAUGUACUAUGUCCACAGGCAGACGGGGCCCAAGUAUCAACAAAACGGUCGAAGUUCAGAUCGACAACUGCUAUAAAUUUACUGUUCGAACGACGGCUCCUCGAAUGCAACUGUCAUUGCACUGUCAUGGAUUCGAAUUCCAGUCGUUGAAUGAGGAGGGAGAUCGAGGUCCAGUCACAUGGAAUCAGUAGUAGGUCGGAAGACUCGAAGCAACUCAGGGUGCGAUUGCAUCGACUCGACAAAUCUUCCACGCUGCCACGAGCCACGAGAAACACUUGUCCGCGCAUGUAGCGAUCCCGAGGAGCCACGAGUCGAAGCGACAGAAGUAAUCAGUAUCUACGCGUGCGUCUGUAAGAGAUAAAACAAUUCAACCAUUGCAAGUGGAACGCGCAACCAAACCUGCCACGACGGAGAAAAAUUCUUUCCAGAGUCCGAGAAAAUCGGCAGGCGGUAGAUCUGGGAAAGAGCACGCUUGCCUCGACGCAAUCAAGCAGAGGAGAGGACGAACGCGUGCGGCGAGAUGCUCAAACUCCUUCCCCACCACCUGUCGAAUCGAAGCAGCAGACACGACAGGAGGUUGAUUUUACCGAAGAAAAGCCGCAGCGGCAUUCGAAGCAGUCCCCGAAGUCCGAGAUCCGAUCGGAAACAGUCAAAAGCCGAGUUCAGAGUUCAGAGUUCAGAGUUCAGAGCUACGGAGCAUUCGAUGACCACUACAUGACAAAAGGAAGGGAGGUCCCCGACGGCCCCUGCUCUUGCAACAGACCCACCACAUUCGAUGGUGCUGCUGGACUCGCCGGUCUCAGCCGAUAAGAUCCCUGUCCUGCUCCGAAUCCUUGCCUCUCACGAGCGAUCACUUGACUUGUUUCUCUCCAACUUCUGCGCAGGAGCCGGCACGCCGGGGACAGGGGAACAUGCGACCGGAAGGGGCCGGUAAACCAUCCGUCCGUGAUCCUAUUGGGGGAACGACACAGUAGCAGCAGGUAGCGGUCGAAAGGGCCUGGAUUUCACCGAGCGAGGCGAGGAGGGGUCGAAGAGGGCAGGGGCACCGUGGGGAGCCAGGGCUGGGAGGAUUUCGAGACUGUGAGGGAGGAAGUUAGACCAGAGGAGGCAGGGCAGGUCCGAGGUUGGGGGUGUGGGCAUGACGAGCAGAAGGGAGGUAUAAGCUGUGCGUAAAUCGGUCGAUGGACAUGCUGCAUCAGCUUCCUGGAGCUCUGUAUCGGCUGAGAAGCGCUCGAGUUCCUCCGUUCAGCUCGCUCAGUGGUGGUGGUGGUGGUGGUGUCCCUGCGAAGGUCGGACCUGCAGCCAACAGGUGGGGAAUUCGCCUCUUUGCUCACUCGGUUGCGUGUUCCAGGUAUCCCAGGUCCGAGAAGGUUGUGAGCAAUGGGUUUGGCCUUGGGUUCAGGCAGUCGCUGAAUGGGGACGUUUUUGGCAGCAGGUACAGCUCGGGGUUUAGGGUUUAUUCCGGUAAGCAAGGAUGUGGAGACUCUCCAGACCGGUGGAACAAGUCUGUGAAGCACAGGAUUCCAUGUCCGAGUGUUUUUGGUAACAAUGGCCGUAGCCUGUUGGUUGUAGCUGCUGCUGCUCGGAGCUCGAACAGCAAGGCGCAGGAUGACGUUGAAGUCCCAUUGCGGAUUUCUGAAAAAUUUAGUGAAGGUGAGUCUGAGAAGCCCUUUUCCAGGCCAGCAGCUCACAUAAAGAGGCAGGGCAAAUCUCAGUCUAAUUCGAGCAGAAGUGCUCGUCCUAGUCAGGUGGACAGUAGCGCUGCAGACUCUUCAAGCAGGUGGCGAUUCAAGCCCAAUAACAAUCAGGCAGGAGCUGAAUUACCGAAGAAGAAUCUGCCAGGAGCAGCAAAGGAAGAUUCAGCUCAGGCUGGACUGAGGACAGACGUCUCGAAAGCGAAGAAUUCUGUCGUUAGACCUUCUACUGGUAAGGCUGUGUCUGUUUCCAGUGGCACAUUACAUAAACGUGUCGUCAGAUCCUCCAAACGCACAGAUAUUCUAACAAGCAAUUUCAGCACUAGAGCUGGGAGCACUUCCGUGAAUGCUGGAAGUAAAUCGCAGUAUUCUUCCAUCACUCGGGAGGAGACGGGUACACAGACAGUGGUUGUCGGUCCGUCUCGAGGAACCCCAGAAAUUAUGAGCAUUCAACAGAGGGUAGCUAAUGGCAAGCAGGCUGAGAAAGAGAGGAAGCCAAAGCAUAAUGAGAGGAAGAAAGAGAAGCACUUUCCUGUGGAAGCCGUGCUUCGUCGAGACCUCAAUAUGUGCUCGAAAGGUGGAGAUGUUCUCAGGGCACUGGAACUCUACGAUCAGUCCGUGGCCGAUGGAAUCGUGAAGUGGAAUCAGUACAACUUUAAUAUACUGUUGUACCUCUGUUCUUCUGCUUCCUUGGGAACACUAACAGCUCGUAAGAGUGGUAGCGAUAGAGCCGAAUCCGAGAGAAUGAGGUUCAAUGCCACAGAGCAGAUGAGGAAUGGAGAGGCAUCGGAAUUCGCUGACGGUGGACGGGAAGAGAGCACAGAAACACCCGUAAAUGAUGAGGAAACGGCAUCCGCCAGCACCAGCAUCGUUUUGAGUCCAGAGAUCAUGGAGACAGUCACCACGAGAGGUUUUGAGAUAUAUGAGCAUAUGAAGAGGUUGAAGGUUCCACCAAAUGAGGCCACACUGACGGCGGUGGCAAGGUUAGCCGUAGCAAGAGGUGACGGGGAUUUAGCAUUUCAGAUGGUGAAAGAGAUGGCUGCUCUGAAUCUUGCUCCGAAGUUGAGGUCUUACAGUCCAGCUCUGUUUACUUAUUGCAAAAAUAAGGCAGUGAAAGAGGCAUUUGAGGUAGAUGCACAUAUGGUGGCUGCUGGUGUGCAUCCUGAGGAACCCGAACUUGCAGCUUUGCUCCAAUUGUGUGUUGACACGGGUUUGGCUGACGAGGUGUAUAAGCUUUUGCAUCGGUUGAGGGUGAAAGUAAGGGCUCUAAGCCCUAUUACAGUAGCUACUGUCGAGCAGUGGUUCUCAAAUGAAGCGGCAUUGAUGGCAGGCAAAGAUAGCCAAAAACCAGACGCUUCGAGCGUGCAGCAAGCUGUAGUAGCAAGUGGAGGAGGUUGGCAUGGGUUGGGUUGGCUUGGGGAAGGAAAGUGGAAACAAAAUUGGACGAAGAUUGAUGACGAGGGAGUCUGCCUUUCAUGCAAGGAGAAACUUGUCACCAUUGACCUUGAUCCUCAAGAAACCGAGAACUUUGCGCAAUCUUUAUUUGACUUAGCGUGUGCUAGAGAGGCUAAGCCCAACGAUUUUAAAAAAUUCCAGGAGUGGCAUGAACGCCAUGGGCCAUUUGAUGCCAUUGUAGACGGUGCCAAUAUCGGACUCUUUAACCAAAAUUUUGCGCAGGGCGGUUUCAAUUUUUACCAGUUGAAUGCAGUGGUAACAGCCCUUGAAGAUCAAGGUUUGUCGAAGAGACCACCAUUGAUUUUCUUGCACCAUGCUCGGACCAAGUUCGGUGCUGCGACUACUCCACAAGCACAACAGCUGCUGAAUAAGUGGCGGUCCAGUAACUCACUGUAUACAACUCCGAAUGGAUCGAAUGAUGAUUGGUAUUGGAUGUAUGCAGCCGUGAAGGACAAGUGUUUGCUUGUAACAAACGACGAAAUGAGAGAUCAUCUUUUCCAACUUCUUGGAACCGAUUUUUUUCCGAAGUGGAAGGAGCGACAUCAGGUUCGUUUCUCCUGUACCAGUCGCGGUCCUCAGUUUCACCUACCUCCUCCCUAUUCGAUAGUCAUCCAGGAAUCCGAGACUGGAUCUUGGCACGUCCCCAAGAUCGGUGGGGACGACUUAGAAGCCCCAUGCGAGUGGCUUUGUGUCACAAGGCCAGUAAGUGAAUCAGCAGCUCCAGCAGCUCCAGCAGCAGGGCCAACAUCAGGAGAAUUGAGUUCAUCUGCCGUAGAGACGUUAGAAGUUUCGAUAUCACCUGAGAAGAUUAGUUCUGAGGGAGUCACGGAGGAGGAGCAAAAGUGCUCUUUGUUGAAAAAUCACUCAUUGGAUUCAGGGACUGGGGAAGCCGGCGUCCGAGUCAAAAGGUCUAGGUUGAACCCUCCUUCAGAAACUUAUAUAAGAAUCAAAGGUGCUGAGAAACUGUCGGAGAAUGGAACCAUUGCUUUUGAAAUUUAAGGAGAGGGGGAAGUUUGGCAAAUUUGCACGAACUCUCAUAUUUUUUCAAGAAAUUGGAUAUCUUUCAGUGGAGGUGGUGUUCUUUUCAUCUAAAGUGAAUGUGGUUCGUUCUAGACGUCACUUUCUUCACGUUAGUGUCACUGAUAGACAAUGUUAAGAGUGGAAUAGAUUCAACGCUAUAGCGUGUACAGUUUACAAGAGAGGAUGUCGUCCGUAACUAUGGAUCGUACCGUCGCGCAAAUGUGUUUCCACUUUAGCAGUUACCUAUUUACGAACAUUUUGACAGCCCACCGUAGGGUGUGCUGAGAUCAUAAAUUGAGCAUAGAGUUAGCUUCAGGCUUGUGAGUUAUGAUGUGUCAUUCGAUUCAUGCAAAGAUAUUGGGUUCGG